AUGUCUGCCCAGGCUGCGUUCUACCCCAGCGACCCGUCUUUGGACCCGGCGAUCGCCCCAGAGUCCCUACUCAUGGGCAGUGGGUUCUCUCCCGAGUUUCUCCCUCUAUCACUACUCGAGAAAGGAGGCCACCAAGACAUGGGCAUUCAAUCUAUUCAAUAUCCACCCAACCAAGCAGGACCUGCGCCAGAAGUAGCGCGAAACAUGUCAGGCGAAGGUGACGACACUAACCGACCACGCCUCCGCAACCGCGCUCUCCGACCAGCUCCGCCUGACAGCCGCAAAGGAUCAAUUGACGCCGAAAUGAACCAAGGCGCACCGUUCAUGCACUCAUACCCAUCAGUGCCGAGCUUCUCAACAUUUUCAUUUAACAACGCCGACCACGACCCGGAAUUCGGCUUCGAUAACGAACGAGUCUCUCCACAUUCAGACGUGAGCAGCAACAAAUCUUCGUCUCCACUGCGCUGGCAGAACGGAGACACAGACAAGCGCGCGAAGCACCUCGAGCGGAACCGCGCAGCAGCUAGCAAAUCCCGCCAGAAGAAGAAGCGGGAGACAGCCCAGCUCCGGAACAGAUUCCAGGAGGUAUCCCGCAGAAGGUCUAGCCUUGAGGACGAAAUCAAAGCCCUGCACAGCCAGCUACUUUCGCUGAAGGACCAGAUCCUCAUGCACUCGCGGUGCGAGGACGAGGCUAUUCACAUCUACCUCGGCCGCAUGGUGAAACAGGCGACCAAGCACGACUCUGUCUCGUCCGCCUCAACGGGUGAGCCUGGUGAUGAAGAUGCUCGUAGCCACGGGCAGGACUCGGCGGGUUCGAUGUCACCACCUCAGGGUUUCCAUUCCCAUGCAAGCCAAAUUCCGAUGAGCAUGGGUGAUACGCGGGGACUGCCCUGCGGUGUUGAGAAGCCUAUGAUGCACCACCAGAUGUUUUCACAGCGACCCGAUGCUAACAUCUUUGACUUCCAGAUGAGUAUCUCGUAA